AGUGUAGUGAGGAUUUAGGUGCAGUGUGGCAGUGAAGUGGUUUGAAGUGGGUUUUCUUCUUCUUUUUCUAAAUGGGUAGUAAUAAUAAAAAGAAAGUGGUCCUGAUCACGGGAUGCUCCUCUGGGAUUGGACUCAGUCUGGCUGUUAGACUGGCCUCUGACCCUGAGAAAAACUACAAAGUUUACGCCACGAUGAGAAACCUGGAGAAGAAGCAGCGUUUGUUGGAGAGUGUGAAGGGGCUGCACAAGGAGACUCUGGACAUUCUGCAGAUGGAUGUGACCGACCCCCUGUCCAUCCAGAGAGCACGGGACAGAGUGCAGGAGGGACAAGUGGACAUUUUAGUGUGUAAUGCGGGCGUGGGUCUGAUGGGGCCUCUGGAGGUGCAAGGCCCGGAGGAGAUGAGGAGGGUGAUGGAGGUGAACCUGUUUGGGACUCUGCAGACGCUCCAGGCCUUCCUCCCCGACAUGAAGUCCAGACGAGAGGGGCAUGUCCUAGUCACGGGGAGCAAUGGAGGACUUCAUGGCCUCCCCUUUAAUGAGGUGUACUGUGCCAGUAAGUUUGCUGUUGAAGGGGCGUGUGAGAGUCUGGCUAUCCUCCUCCAGCAGUUCAACAUACAUGUGAGCCUGAUUGAGUGUGGUCCGGUGAACACAGAUUUCCUGAUUAAUCUUCAGAAAACCGAACCAGGCGACUCCUCGUUAGAUGCACUGGACCCUCUCACACUGUGCCUCUACCAGAGAUUCCUGAUGCAUUGUGGGAUGGCUUUCCAAAAUGCUGCCCAGGACACUGAAGAUAUUGUCAAGGUUUUUUUGGAUGCGAUUCGCUCUCCCGAACCAGCUUUCAGAUAUUACACCAAUGGAACAGCGCCUCCUCUGGUCAAACUGAAGAAUACAAAAGUUGACGGGCUGGAGUACAUCAGGGAAAUGGGAAAACACACGUUCCUACAAGCCCAAGAGGAGAACCAUGAUCACAUCUAGAUACAGUGUGUACUCUAGUGCAGUGUGAAAUAUGUUGUAUUAACAAAAUAACGAGCCUGCUCAACAUUACAGGAAGUAAAUGAAUAAAACACAUUUGAAGUGCGUAUACAU